AUGGAGUUUAAUAAACCAGAACCACUAAAAUUAACUGGCAAUGUUGCUGAAAAUUAUAAAUUAUUUAAGGAAGAAGUCCUAGUGUUUUUCGAAGCCACAGAAACAACUACAAAACCAGAGAAGGUACAGGUAGCAAGAUUAUUAAAUUUAAUUGGCAGCGACGGUGUCAAAAUAUACAGAACAUUUAAUGUUGAACCAAAGGAUGAAACAGUUGAAAUUGUUUUCAAAAAAUUGGAAGAGUAUUGUACUCCAAAAAGAAAUGAAGUAAUGGAACAUUAUAGGUUUUUUAUGAGAAAACAAGAGUUUAGUGAACCGUUCGACAAAUUCUACGCUGAUUUAAGGAACCUCAUCAAGAGUUGUGGUUUUGGAGUAACAGAAGAAAAAUGGUUACGAACACAAAUUGUUCUUGGUAUCAGCGACAAAGAUCUUCAAUCAAAAUUACUACGAGAAGAUGUAAGUUUAGAAAAAGUGAUACGUCAUUGUCAGGCUACUGAACAAGCAGAAAUUAACAGGAAGAUACUAGUGCAAGAAAAUGAAACUAAAAUUGAAGUUAUGGAGAAGAAAAAACUGAACAAACCGAACAAAUACAGUUCAACAAGAUGGGCGAUGGAGAAACAACAACAACAAAGUCAGCUACCGAUCAAACAAGAAGGAGGAGAAAACCUAAGGAAAACACCAAGGGAAAAUGGUAAUGUAUCAGCACAUAAAUAUAAAUUUAAUUGUACUAAGUGUGGUAAAACACAUAGCAUUAAUGAGUGUCCAGCAUAUAAAAAAAGUUGUAAUAUUUGUGGAUACAAAAAUCAUUUUGCGAUAAUGUGUAGGAACAAAAUAAAAAGUGAGAGUAAACAGUUAAAUACAGUAGUGGAAGAGAAUAAAGUAAGUGAAUAUUUAUGCUUGGAUAAAAUUGAAGUAGAUGAUACAUGUAAUACUUGGACAGAUAUUGUAAAAAUAAAUGGUACAAAUGUAGAAAUAAAAUUAGACACUGGCGCACAGUUGAAUGUUAUGCCUGUAGAACUGUAUAAAAAAAUUAAUGUAAAUAAAUUAGAUAAGAGUGAAGUCAUUAUUAAGACAUUUAGUGGAUUUACAAUGAAAUCACAAGGUAAAAUAAGUGUAGAGUUGGAGAAUAAGCAAUGGAAAUUUCCAGAUAAAAUCAAAAUUAAAGUAAAAAAAGGUAGUGUACCUGUAAUAAGUCAGCCUAGACGAAUUCCAAUAAAAUUAACAGAUAAAUUUAAACAAUUAAUUGAGAAAUUGAGUAAGCAGAAAAUAAUUGAGAAAUGUUUGGAGCCUAGUGAGUGGCAACAUCCCUUAGUAAUUAUAGAAAAGCCUGAUAAAUCCUUAAGAAUGUGUUUAGAUCCAAUAGCAUUAAAUAAGUGUAUAAUUAGAGAAAUGGUACAAAUUCCUACGAUUGAUGAAAUAAGAAGUAAAUUAACAAAUAAAAAGUACUUCACGCUUUGUGAUCUAAAAGAUGGAUUUUAUCAAUGUGAAUUGGAUAGUGAUUCGAAGAAAUAUUGUGCUUUCAGUACACCAUUUGGCUCUUAUCAGUUUAAAAGACUGCCCUUUGGAUUAGCUAAUGCUCCAGAAGUAUUUCAACAGUUGACAUCAAAAUACUUUGGGGGUAUUGAGAAUGUUUGUGUAUACUUUGACGACAUACUUGUGAGUGGAGAAACGCAAAAAGAACAUGAGGAAGCAUUAAAUAAGGUAGUAGAACAGGCUAGGAAAUUAAAUAUUAAAUUCAAUCUUAAAAAAUUACAAUUUGAAGUAAAUGAAGUAAGAUUUUUAGGCAUGAUAUUUAGUGAGAAAGGAAUUAAACCAGAUCCAGAUAGAGUUAAAUCUAUUAUUCAGUUAAGUACGCCACAAAAUAUAAAGCAACUUCAAUCAUUUUUAGGUAAUUACAAUGCAAAAGAUGUUUUUACAAUACAGUGUGAUGCGUCUGAAAAGGCGUUAGGGUGUUGUUUAUUACAAAAUGAUCGACCUGUGUAUUAUGCGUCAAGGUGCUUGAGCGAAACAGAACAAAUGUACGCACAAAUUGAAAAAGAAAUGUUAGGGAUGGUGUUCGCAUCAGAUUUACUAAGUAGAAAUUAUAUUCGAAGAACUGAGUUAACUGAUGAAAGCUUAAAUGAUGUAGUACACAUGAUUAAUGAGUUUGAUGUACAGUUUAAAAAUAACAGGUUAGAACAACUAAUAAAAGAAACGUACAAAGAUGAACAUUUAGGUAAAGUGUUAAAAUAUUUGGAUGAGGGCUGGCCCAAAAAAAUUGUGGAGAGUGGUGAAAUAAGACAUUACUUUAAAAUAAAAAAUGAACUGAUUAAAGAAAAAGAGAUUAUUUACUAUGAGAACAGAAUAGUUGUGCCUAAAUCGUUAAGGAUGUACAUAAUCAAGAAAUUACAUGAUACACAUAUUGGAAUAACCAAAACAUUAAAAAAGAGCAAGCAAAUAUUUUAUUGGCCAGGGAUGUCAUCAGACUUAAAAAAUUUUAUUGAGGCAUGUGAAAUAUGUAAGAAGUUUAGUUGCAGUAACAUAAAAGAACCACUAUUACAACAUGCUAUUCCUGAGUUACCAUUCCAAAAAAUAGGAAUAGAUAUAGCUGAGAUAGAACGCUCAAAUUACUUAGUUGUAAUGGACUAUUUUUCGAGGUGGAUUGAGGUUCUGAGUAUGAAGGAUAAAACUAGUGAAACUGUAAUAUCACUGCUAAAAAUAGUAUUUAGUCGUUUUGGGAUACCUGAGGAAAUAGUGGCUGACAACAAUCCAUGUGGUAGUAGAGAAUUUAAACAGUUUGCUGAAGAAUGGCAUUUUAACGUAACACUGUCAAGCCCCAACUAUCCCAAAAGCAAUGGUCUGGCUGAGAAAGCUGUGGGGAUAGCAAAAAAUAUGAUAAAAAAGUCUAAAAGUGAGAAUCAAGAUUUAAAUUUAUAUCUGUUAAAUUAUAGGAACGCCCCUGUAGCAGGAUUACCUUGGUCUCCAGCACAAAUGCUACAAAGUAGAAUGUUGAGAUCUAAAACUAAUAGUUUAAAUAAAAAAAUUUUAAGUCCUAAUGUGGAAGACUGCUCUGAAGAAAAUAAAUUAAAAAAAUUAAAACAAAAAAAGUGGUAUGACAAAACAGCCACAAAUGUUCAACAAGAGUUUAAACCGAAUGAAAACAUUAUGUUACAAAACAAAUUUUCAAAACUAUGGUCUAAAGCUGUGGUUUUGAGUAAAACUAAUUGGCCUAGAUCAUAUUUAGUGAAGGAUGAAAAGGGUAAAAUACUUAGGCGAAAUACAAAAUUUAUGAAAAAAGUGAGUAGCUAUGAUUUAAGUUUGGGUGGAAGUGAUGAUGAAAUUGGAAGUGAUGAUGAAAAAAAUAAAAAAGAGGUAGUGAAGUUUGAAAAUCAAAAGAUAGCAACAAAAGCAAUUGUCAGAACCCAAAAAGGAAGAGUAGUAAAAAAACCUAUAAGACUAGGAAUUGAUUAA